AUGGCUGGCAAAGACAACAAUAUGGCCUAUGGGGAUACGCCAGGUCAGGGAUCUAGUAAAGGAGGAAGUACCCGUGCAUUAUUCGGAGAUACAUUCAACAAACUUCGGGAUAAAUAUCAAACUCACACGCAAGGAGCACCCGCGGGCCAGUAUCAGCAGCCACACUACAAUACGCAGGUUCCUCACUCUAAUCAGCCGCCUUCCCAGGGCAUCGGCCAACCUUCUCCACAGGGCGGACAACAACCACAACCGCCGCAGGGAGGGUACUACGGCAACGCACCGCAAACUCAAAACCCUCCAUACCAGCAGGGUGGGAAACCCCCCAAGCCAGAUUUCGUGUCUGGACUCCUUGGGAAAGUUCAGGGCAUGGGAUCCGAAUGGGCACAGAAAAUUGGCUCGAGCAUUGAUCCGCAGGCGUACGCCACUUACGGGCCCAGCACUACACAACCGGGAGAAAAGACACGGUACGGUAGCUUUGCGCCCGAGAGGGACUAUAACGAUGCAAAGUGGUACGUGGAUGGGUGUACGUACAUGUGGGCUGUCUCAAGGGCACUGGAGACGGCCAGGGAGUCAAUUUGGAUUCUGGAUUGGUGGCUUUCCCCUGAAUUGUAUCUGCGGCGGCCCCCGGCUCAAAACGAGCAGUAUCGGCUGGACCGCAUGCUUCAGGCUGCUGCGAAGAGAGGCGUAAAGGUCAAUGUCAUAGUGUAUAAGGAGGUGACCCAGGCACUUGCAUUGUCGUCUUCGCAUACAAAACAUCAUUUGGAAGACUUGCACCCGAAUAUCGCGGUUUUUCGUCAUCCCGAUCAUCUCCCUGAUAAGAAGACGCUUCACUCCAACGUGGUGUCCGGCUUCCAGAACAUGACUUUGAACCCCGCGGGAAUUGCGAAGCUGUCCGGCGAUGCGUUGAAAGGGCUGUACGGAAUGAGCGACAAUGUCAUUUUAUACUGGGCCCACCAUGAGAAACUUUGCUUGGUUGAUGGAAAAUUGGCCUUCAUGGGUGGUUUGGACCUUUGUUUCGGGCGUUGGGAUACAUACCAGCACUCGAUUUCGGACGUUCACCCGCACGACAUAAAAGACACGAUUUUCCCAGGGCAAGACUAUAACAAUGCGCGAAUCUUGGACUUCGUGGAUAUUGUGAACUGGGAGAAAAACGAGCUCGACCGAAAGACGUUUUCCCGCAUCGGGUGGACCGACGUUGCAGUAAGUUUGCAGGGACCGGUGGUGGAGGACCUGCGACAGCUGUUUGUGGACCGCUGGAACUUCAUCUACGACGAGAAGUAUAACGUGCGAAAAGACGUGCGGUACUCGAAGUUGGUGCUCUACCAGCGGCCGCUUUCCUCGAUGGGCUUCCACCAACCAGGGGCGCAAGGGCAGAACGCACCGCCACCAGGGCAGCAACCGCCGAUCCCUGCUGCCUCUGGACAAGCGCCGGGCACCGCCCAAGGCCAACCUCAACUGCAACCACAACAGCUUCCUCCACCUCCACCAGGCCCGCCGCCGCAGCAGGCAGCGCAUGGUACGCAACCGCAGUGGCAGUCUGGCACAUCCUAUUCCAACCCAGCUCAGACGACCACCGCAGCAGGAGCACCACCACCACCACAGCAAGGGUCAAGCCAGGCUCCGUACUUCCCUCCUCCCCCCGGACAGGACGCGUCCCGCGGCCUUUUUGACCACGGAGCCGGGCAGCAGGAUGCCAACCGUGGGUUUGGCACGCUGAAGUCUGACGUCACAAAUUUCGGCAAUGUUCUGCGUGGACAGCUGGCCGGACAGGUGCACCGGUAUCAGGACCGGUAUCUGAGCGGGCAACGCGGGCAGGCCCAGUCACCGGUGAGAGUGGGCUGCCAGAUCGUGCGCAGCUGCUCGAAAUGGAGCCACGGAUCGGCGCAGCCGGAGAGCUCGAUUGCGGAAGCAUACUGCACGAUCAUCCGGGAGAGUGAGCAUUUCAUCUACAUUGAGAACCAGUUUUUCAUCACGUCGACGGGCGACGCUCAGGCACCGGUCAAGAACAAAAUUGGCGCAGCGCUCGUGGAGCGUAUCCUGCGGGCGGCGCGGGCCAAGCAGAAGUUCCAUGUCAUCGUGGUCAUCCCGGCGAUCCCGGGGUUCGCGGGCGACCUGCGCGAGGAGGGCAGCCUGGGCACGCGGGCGAUCAUGGAGUUCCAGUACAACUCGAUCAACCGUGGCGGGCACAGCAUCAUGGAGGUGAUCGCGAAGGAAGGCGUGAACCCGAUGGACUACAUCCGGUUCUACAACCUGCGCAACUACGACCGGAUCAACGCCAGCGGCGCGAUGCGCGGCGCGGAGCAGCAGAGCGGGGUGAGCUACGGCGAGGCGCAGCAGCAGUACAACGCGGGCAUCACGGGGACGGCCACGUCGACGUCGCGGCCGGCGUUCGACACCACGGCGGCAUACGGACAGUACCAGGAGGCGGCGAAGCAGCAGGUGCCGCAGUCGCAGGCGCAGGGGGUGCGACCGGGCCGGUGGGACAGCGUGGCGGAGUGCUACAUGCUGAACGGGGAAGACAUCCAGAAGGUGCCGUGGGAGCACAGCGACGCGAUGUCGGAGGUGGAGGCGUUUGUGUCGGAGGAGCUGUACGUGCACUCGAAGGUGAUGAUUGCGGACGACCGCACGGUGAUCUGCGGCAGCGCGAAUAUCAACGACCGGUCCCAGCUGGGGCUGCGCGACUCGGAGAUCGCGGUGGUGAUCCAGGACCCGACGGCGCUGGAGUCGACGAUGAACGGGCAGGCGUACGUGGUGAGCCGGUUCGCGGCGACGCUGCGGCGACAGCUGUGCCGCAAGCACCUGGGGCUGGUGGCGGCGCAGGACUGCGGGCGGCCAGACAGCAACUUCGAGCCGGUGGGGAUGGGCGGCAACGCGUACGAGCUGGGGACGGCGGAGGACCGGGUGGUGACAGACCCGCUGGCGGAGGGAUUCCAGAGCCUGUGGAACUCGCGGGCGCGCACGAACACGGAGGUGUACCGCAAGGUGUUCCACGCGGUGCCGGACGACAGCGUGCGCAACUGGAACGACUACAAGGAGUUCUACGAGUACUACUUCCGCAAGGCGGCGGUGGAGCAGCAGAAGCAGGGCGGCAGCAGCAGCAGCGGCGGCGGCGGCGGCGGUGCGGACAGCGGGCAGGGGGUGGUGGCGGCGCCCAGCCGGUACGCGUGCGGACACGUGAUCGGCGACGAGUUUGCGGGCGGGGCGGCGGCGGUGAAGGCGGAGCUAAGCCGCGUCAAGGGCACGCUGGUGGAGAUGCCGCUGAUGUUCCUGAUCGAGGAGGACAUCGCGCAGGAGGGCCUGGGGCUCAACGCGCUGACGCAGGAGGUGUACACGUGA